GACCGCGCAAUUGUCAUUCAAAGUGUGAGAGCGCUGAAACGUGAAAAAUGGCCUGGGCAGGAAGGUGUAAAAUUGCCCGGUAUUGAAAUGGUUAAAGUUUCCUUUAACUGGAGGUCUUAAUUUCCUCAAUCCUUCUGAGAUCAGAGGCAUGAAUUUAAGCAAGAGCAUUGUUAUUGGCUAUAGAUUCUCCUUUACUUGGCCAGCACACCAUCAUACAGAUAACCAGGACAUCUUCAAAAGUCCAGAGUUCUAUCCUAUACAGGGUCGGACUGACCAUUUGGAAUCUCAGGCACUGCCCGAGGGCCCAGGGUCA